CGAUCGUGGAAGGCUCCCGAUGACCGAGCGGCCCUGAUCAAGCCCCUGCGGCGCCUGAAGCAGGAGCCAGAGGACGAGCUGCCCGAGGCGCCCCCCAGGGCCAAGGACAGCGACCAGUCACGGUCCAGCUCGCCCACGGCGGGGCCCAGCACCGAGGGCGCCGAGCCCAGGGACAAGAAGAAGUUCAAGAUGAGGAGGAAAAGGCGGCUUCCCAAUAAGGAACUGAGCAAGGAGCUCAGCAAGGAGCUCAACCAGGAGAUCCAAAAAACCGAGAACAGCCUUGCCAAUGAGAAUCACCGGAAGCUGCGGCCCCAGCUGGUCCCUAGCCUGCGCAGCACACCCCGGGGCAUCGCCCGGCCCCCGCCUUCGCUCUCUCCUCCCAAAUGCAUCCAGAUGGAGCGGCAUGUCAUCCGGCCGCCCCCCAUCAGCCCCCCUCCGGACUCGCUCCCCCUGGAUGACGGGGCGGCCCACGUGAUGCAGAGGGAGGUCUGGAUGGCUGUCUUUAGCUACCUCAGUCACAGGGACUUGUGCAUCUGUAUGAGAGUUUGCAAGACCUGGAACAGAUGGUGCUGUGACAAAAGAUUAUGGACCAAAAUAGAUUUAAACCAUUGUAAAUCCAUCACUCCACUUAUGCUCAGUGGCAUUAUCAGGAGACAGCCUGUAACCCUUGAUCUUAGCUGGACAAAUAUAUCCAAAAAGCAGCUGAGCUGGCUUAUCAACAGACUGCCAGGUCUGCGGGACCUGCUGCUGUCAGGGUGCUCGUGGAUAGCGGUGUCGGCGCUUUGCAGUUCCAGUUGUCCUCUGCUGCGAACCCUGGACGUGCAGUGGGCAGAGGGGCUGAAAGACGCACAAAUGAGAGACCUCCUGUCGCCGCCCACAGACAACCGCCCAGGCUGCAGCGGGUGUACUUUAGAGAGUUUGGAAACACUUUCUUCCAGUGCAGGGAAGGAGCAGUUCUGUGGGUCAUGCCACAUUCGCCCGGAUAUCGGCUCAGGUCAGAUCGACAACCGGAGCAAACUGCGGAACAUCGUCGAGCUGCGCUUGGCCGGCCUGGACAUCACGGACGCUUCGUUGCGGCUGAUCAUAAGGCACAUGCCUCUGCUCUCCAAACUCAACCUCAGUUACUGUAACCACGUGACGGAUCAGUCUAUCAACCUGCUGACCGCGGUUGGAACCACCACGCGGGAUUCGUUAACAGAAAUUAAUUUAUCAGACUGCAAUAAGGUCACUGACCAGUGCCUGUCCUACUUCAAACGCUGUGGAAACAUCUGCCAGAUCGACCUGAGGUACUGCAAGCAGGUGACGAGAGAGGGCUGCGAGCAGUUCAUUGCGGAGAUGUCGGUGAGUGUGCAGUUCGGGCAAGUGGAAGAGAAACUUCUGCAGAAACUGAGUUAGUUAAAGGACCCGUGUAAAUACUGGGGCGAGGGGGGAAGGGACUGAGAACACGUAGGGAUUUUAUUUUCAAUUGGGAACUCGGGAUAUUGGAAAAUACCACGAUUGGAUUUUACAACUCGUGUCGGGAACAACAUGAAACUACCCACGUGAAGAAUUUCAACCUGUGCCACUGGUUCAGUCUACCUGGGGUGUCCUGCACUGGCUCUUAUGCAAACUCGUAAGGCGACUGUUACUGAUGAGAAUUGUCCACACCCGGAAGUGACUGAGCUCCACGAAAUACUGUUAUUUAAAGUACCACAGCAUGUGCUUGGUAGUGUAAAUUUGAUUUCUGCUUUUCAUUUCUUGAAACUACUACAACAAAAAAAGAAAAAAGUUGGUGUCAUUGAAGUGGACCACGCACUGCAUUUCUGCCUUCUUAACACGUUUUGUUUUGUUACAUCUUACAUUAUGCAGAACUAUUUUUGUACAAAAAUUGUUUAAAAAUUAUUUAUGCAAUGUUUGAAUGCAUUACCAGUGUUUUGGUUUCGAUUGCCAAUUUUUAUCUUUACUUAUGGUAGGCGAGAACUUAACCUAUACUUCGUAGACAGUAUCUAUCUACAAACGUGCCCAGGUCAGGAAAAGUAGGUUAAUACUUUCAACUCCAAGCAUGUUUUAAUGGAAGUUUAUAUCCUGCUUUGUAUACUUCAGAAGUGACAUAAGCAUGUUGUGGAAAUAAGGUGUAAAUUAUAGUUGAAGUAAAACACUUUGCCAAGUUUUAUCUGUAUAGAAAUCACCUUUUUCUCAAAAUUUUAAAAAA